UACAGUUCAGUACGCCGUGAGUGAUGCGAUGCGCCCGUUGGCUGCGUCCUCCUCCCGGGGUCUGAGCUGUGACACCUCCCCUCCCCGAUACCCUUCCCCCCUCCCACAUGUGUUUGUGAUGUUCUUGAUAUACUGCUUAUGUGCUGAGGUGUUUUUUGCUAAUCCCUACACUGUUCCCCCCUUAGAGGAGCAUAGUUUAGGUAUUCACUUUUUUUUUCCCUCAUUACCCUCUUGUUUAGCUUUUUAUUUUAUUUUCUAAAGAGGGCAGCAUGUUUCUUAUCAAACGAGCGCCUGACAGUCUCUCCGUCCUGUCUCCCCACACUGUCUUUUAUGUUUCUUGGACGGAAUGUAACUGGUAAUUUAGUUGCUCUCGUGCAAUGACGACAAAUAAAAUCCUAUCCUAUCCUAUCACAUGGUGGCGGUUGUAACGCAUUUUGAGGAACACAUGGAAUAUUUUAUAAUGUAAUUUAAUAAAUGUAUGUAAAGUGCCAUAGAUAAUAAGUAGCUUUAACAUUAUCCGGAAGAAAGGAUUCCCCAGGCCGGCCCCCAAAAAGUCAUCCCUGCUGAGCCCCGAAUCUCCUCAAACUCGUGGUUUAUAAAAAAAAAAACGGACGAAUAACUCCGAGGUCGCAUGCUUCUUUGUAAUCCCGAUAAACGAAUAAUGGUAGACUGCCAAGUCUGCCCACUGGAACACCUGCCAAAGCUAACAAACCUCGAUGACGCCAACACACAUCCUGGAACAAUAAGGGAACAGCACGCGGCCUGUUGGCGUUUCGACAAGCAGCUGGGACUGACGGAACCAAAGGUAUCUCACGAAGCCGUCCCUUUCUGCUGAUUGUUUUCUAGUGGUGGCCUUUUUAAUGGCGGUCUGCAUUCCAGAAGGUAAGGGGCCUCCUCGGCUAUGACUUUAAACUCAUCCAGAGCAGUUUAAACGAUGAUAAAGCUUAAUACCAGCAUCUUUAAUCGUUAAAUCUUAAUUCUAGUAUCUAAAAACGAUGUUUAAAUCAUUUUAGUUUGUCUGUUCAUGUACGUUCACACUAUUUAAACUGUCCUGUGAAUUAUAAUAUUGCUCAAGGUCCGGGCUUCUUCAGGGACAGACGUGCAUUUAUAGCCUCUCACCUCAGCACACCUGGCGCAUCCGUGUAGAAUACGGACCUGUUUGAACGAUCUGCAAGUGGGAUAACAAUGGACAGGAGUGACAAGAGGAGCGCUGCAAUGGGGAAGACGAAUGGUGAAGCGUCCACCUCCAACAGCAUAAACAACAGACACGUCCGCGAUCUGUUCCAUGAAGAGGCACAGGGGUGUCCAAGGCCCAGCCACCCGUGGUGGAAGGUCCAGGUGUUCGUCUGGGAGCCCGUGCUGUUCGGCACCUGGGACGGCGUCUUCACCACCUGUAUGAUCAACAUCUUCGGCGUAGUGCUCUUCCUACGCACCGGCUACCUGGUUGGCAACACAGGAGUGAUGCUCGGCGUUGUCCUCGUCUCCUCGGUGGUGCUGGUUGCCCUGGUGACCGUGAUGUCGGGCAUCGGCGUAUCCGAGCGCUGUGGCGUGGGAAGCGGCGGCGUCUAUUCCAUGAUCUCCACCGUCCUGGGGGGCCGGGUGGGCGGCACGGUGGGCCUGCUCUACGUGUUCGGACAGUGUGUGGCCGGAGCCAUGUACAUCACGGGCUUCUCUGAGUCUGUGGCCGAGCUGCUGGGCCUCCAGAGCCAGUGGGCGGUGAGGGGCAUGUCUGUGGCCGUGCUGCUGGGCCUGCUGGGCAUCAACCUGGCCGGGGUCAAGUGGAUCGUCCGCCUGCAGCUGCUGCUGCUGGCCGUUCUGGCCGUGGCCACGCUGGACUUUGUCGUCGGCACCUUCACGCACUUGGACCCAGGGCACGGUUUUAUCGGAUACACGCCAGAGCUGCUCAGUAAUAACACUAUGCCCGAUUAUAGCCCAGGGGAGAACUUCUUCACCGUGUUUGGGGUCUUCUUUCCCGCCGCCACAGGCGUAAUGGCAGGGUUCAACAUGAGCUCAGACCUCCAGCGGCCAGAGCGCAGCAUCCCUGUGGGAACGUUGGCAGCUGUCUUCACUUCUUGGUUCCUGUACCUGGUGUUUGUCUUCCUAUUGGGGGCCAUCUGCACCAGAGAGGUGCUGCGUGAUGACUUCUUAAUCGCAGAGAAGGUCUCUUUGGUGGGUUUCCUCUUUCUGCUGGGCCUCUACGUCUCCUCCCUGGCUUCCUGCAUGGGCAGCCUGUAUGGCGCACCCCGGAUCCUCCAGUGCAUCGCCCAGGAGAGGGUCAUCCCGGCCCUGGCCUUCCUGGGACGCAGGAGAGGGCCCGACAGGACCCCCGUGGCGGCCAUAUGCCUCACCACCGUGGUGACCAUGGCCCUCAUCUUCAUCGGCCAGGUCAACGUGCUGGCUCCCAUCGUCACCAUCAACUUCCUGCUCACCUACAGCUUCGUCGACUACGCCUACUUCAGCGUGGCCAUGGCCUGCCGCCGGCUGCCCGCCGAGGCCCAGGCGGACGCCCUGCCGCCGGCCAAGCGGCUCCACCUCAAGCCUCUUCUGGAGGUCCACCACCAGAACUACGGCUCCGGGAUCCGGGGUCCCGCCGCCGGGAAAGGAACCCUGCUGGAAUUCACCCAGGACAUGGAUCGGAUCUUCUCCCUCGACGCCAACGGGAACCUCAAGGUGGAGAGCGACGAGGGGACGGCACCAGCGCCCAGCAGCAGCAGCAGCAGCAGCGCGGAGAAGAGCAGGACAGCCAGAGACGGGGCCAAACAGACCCUGUUGGAGAGCUUCAGCUUGGACCAAAGCGCUAACCUCUCCCGCAUCGAGGAGCCGCCCCGUGGGGCUUCGGAGGCGGAGAACGGGUGCGCAGAGGACGCGAUCGCUGGGCCUGUACCUCUACCAAGGGCUCCACAGGUGGAAGCCGCUCAGAAACCAUCCCUUGGUCAGCAGGACCUGAUGGCUUGCCCUCAGAAUCCAAACACAGGAGCUGUGUUUAAGCUCAAUCCCCAGGGUCCGGACAUCGGAGCCACGCCUGAUUCGUCGUAUGGAAUCUUCUGCAACCCCUGGGUUGCUCUGAUUGGUGCGGUGUGCUCCGUCCUCAUAAUGUUUGUUAUCCAGUGGGUCUAUGCCCUGGCAAAUAUAAUGGUGGCUUUGAUGCUCUUCCUUUACAUUGGGAAAACAAGUCCUGGACUACCGGGAGGAACUGCAGCUCAAUUCAGCAUUUUAUCGUGCCUAAAGUUGUCGCUUGGCACCAUUGGAAGGCGAAAGGCAUCUCUCAGAGACCAGAUGGUGAUGACCCCAUCACUGAGUUUGGUCGGCAUGGAAACAAGGCAGUUGACUGAAGAAAAUGCAGACUUUGCCUCACGCCAUCGCCAUCACCAGUCGUCUUACAUCGAGGAAAUGCGGCUAGAGCAACUUCACUGAAUGACUUGUAUGUAACUUACUGUUACAUGUAAUGCUUUGGCCUCGCAAUCUUCUAGGAGCUCAGAGGUCAAUGAUGGAUCUACCCGCAACUUGCAUAUCUUACUGUUUUGUUUUCUCAGUAACCAAAUUAUGGGAAGUUCACUGAAUAUUUAAAGGAUAUUAUUUAAAUAAAAUAAUGCAAUUGUCUUCAAACAUGUUACAGGCUUACUUUCCUCAAGGAGUUUCACAAAUGUAUUAAGGUACUUUACUUACAUUCUAACUAACAGAUUUUUUACUGAAUAUUUUUUUUGUUAAUAUUGCCCACUA